AUGUUUGUUGUAAUGAAUGAGAUUAUUAGUGUAAAGUGUGAAGAAUAUGCUAAGAUGUCCAUCUUGAAUACGGACCCACCUGACUGUCAUUUUCUUUGUGAACUUUGUACUUCAACAGUAAAUGCUACUAAAUACAUAUUGGAUAAUGAACCAUUUAUACCGAAAAUACUUAAGAAUUUUAUGCCAAUUUGUUAUAUGUUACCACAGUUACAAUAUCGAAAAAUUUGUUAUCAUCUUGUAGACGGUGGUGCAGUUGAUAUAAUUCAUGAAUUGGUGAAUGAAAUUAAUGAAAAUAACUUUUGUUUUCAUAUUGGAUUAUGUCAUAAUACAAUUCCAUGCCCAAACUUUCAAAAGACAUUGACCUGUUUGAAGAAUACGAUUUAUGGAGAAUCAAUUGAGAGUUCUGUAAAUGAUUUUGAACAAUUGGAAUGUCAAUUAAUUUGUGAAACAUGUGUUAUGAAUGUUCGUGGUAUUCGAUGGUUACUUUUGCAAAGUUAUACACGAAAGAUUGCAGCUGAACUAUUAUCUGUAAUGUGUAAUUUCCUUCCAUAUAAACAACCUCGUGCUCAAUGUAAACGUUUCUUCAAAGGACCAUUUGAAGGGAUAGUUCAUGAUUUUGUUGUAAACAUGAGUGUUUAUGAACCAUGUCAAUAUCUUGGACUUUGUGAAACAGUUCAACAAGAAUUGAUGACAAGCCUAGAUGAUUCAUUCUAUACCAAUCUGUUGAUGAAAACACUAAGCAUAUUGAAAGAAGAUAUAGAGUCAAUUAUUACACCAGAGUUUAUUGAACAAUCAGCUACAAAACUUUGUUCUUCUGAUCAAAAGUGUAUAAAAGCUUUCGAGAAAUCUGCUGUCGGUCUCAUCAAAGUUAUUUAUAAAAAUUCAAAAGGCGAAUGGUUUUCAGACGAUUUUUAA